ACGCGCGGAGGCUGCAGCUGCUGAGUGCGCCCCGCUCUCGCCCGGCUGCUCCUGCUCCUCUCCCGCCGCGGACCAUGGUCUGCCCGGCUCGCCCGGCCCUUCUCCUCCUCCUCCUCCUCCUCGCGGCAGGACUGAGUGUUCACUCUGCACAUUUAGAACCUGCAUCCUCUCUCAGUCCUUCUGAGAGAAAUACCAUUACGUCAGAAUCAACUCAAACAACUGUCCAUGUCACCUCUGCUGCUAGCACAUCAGCAAACAAGCUACAAUCAGAAACAGCAGUAACAGCAACCACUUCAAGAGACAAAGUCACCUCAGGACCAGCAGAACAGGGCAAUACCACAGUCUCCUCAGGCACCACAAAAGAGUUGUCAGCUACCACUACACAUCUUGCCUCACAUACGGAAAGAGCAAAUGUUUCAGCCACCAGCCCGUCACCGUCAUCAAGCAUUGGGUCAGAAUCAACAGCCACAGAACACAUCUCUGGGACUUCAGUUUCAAAUCUGACAAAUACAACAGCUCCAGAUACAGCCACCCCUCCCACAACAGCUCCAGAUACAGCCACCCCUCCCACAACAGCUCCAGAUACAGCCACCCCUCCCAAAGAGACCCCAGCAACCCCCUUUUCUCACCUAACUAAUCCCUCGUCUUCAUCGUCAUCGGUAGGUUCUUCCAGACAGACCACCAUUACAAAUCAAAACACAACCCAGCUGCCAAACACAAACACAUCCACAGCAGCACCCGCUACAGAGGAUGCCUCUACUAAAAAGAUGCCCCCAGAGCCCCUCUCAUUAGGCCCAGUGAUCAGACAAACAUCUCAAGUGACUUUGGCAACCAAGUCUGUCACAGAGGCCGUCUCCGCGGAUAGCACCACUUUCUCCACAGGAGUAACCAUGGAAGAGGUCCAGCGUGCUUUAAGUUCAGGAAGCAUUGCAGCCAUUACAGUGACGGUCAUUGUGGUGGUGCUGCUGGUGUUCGGGGUGGCAGCAUACCUUAAGAUCAGACAUUCUUCAUAUGGAAGGCUGUUGGAUGAUCAUGACUACGGAUCCUGGGGAAACUACAACAACCCUCUCUAUGACGACUCUUAGCAAAGGAAAGUUAAUUGGGACAAGAAAUAAAUGUUCUUAUUUAUAAGUGCUUAUACAGUAGAACAACAAUAAGUCGCCCGGUGUGCAUCCACUUCCAGUUCCAUGCCAUCAUUUUCUCUUCCUGCUGCUUCUUCCUCUGUUACACCAUGGAAUCAUACUUUUAAGACAGGCCUAAAUGCUGAAUCAUUGCAAUGGGACUAAACUGAAGCUGACGGACUGCAGUCACGGUCUCGAAACCAAAGCAGUCACUCCACAAGCGCAAUAAAUUUGAGUUUACGCUUUUAAGGAGGAAAUUAUAUUAAAUCUCAGUGAGGGGAUGGGAAGUAAUCACUGAAAGGUUUUCAUCUGUAUGGCUUCUGUUCCUUUGAUUUCUCUUUAAUCUUCCGUCUGUUCAGAGCGGAUGGGGUUCUGGUCAGAGCUCUGCAGUGCAGUACAGGCCUUCUACCAUUUAUUACCAAAAGAUCAAAACAAAUUACCCAGGAGGCUGGGAAGUAGAGAAAAGGGAAACUCAGCAGGGUCAUGCCAAAAACUGAUGCUUUUAUUGUUGGUCGUCUUUACCAGGGUGUCUCAUUUUCAGAAUGUUAUAAUUAUAAAUCCAGCCAAAGGUUAAAUCCACCACCUAUGUCAUGGUGGGCGGCAGGUUUACACACUGAUGUGUUACACGUUGAAGUGGAAAAUUAGUGAUAAGCAGGAAGGGGCGACAAAGGUACCACUGCUGCUGCCAUGAAGGCACGUGGCAGAAAUGCCGGCAGGAGCUGGGAACUUUCUUUUUGGAAGGGUGAAACGUUAGGAGAAAACCCGUACAUUGUCAGCACCGUGGCAACGCAAGAUUCCGUGAAGCGCAACAUUCACAUUCAAAACACCACUUCCUCUGAUCCGACAGCUGCUAGUGAAGAACAUGGUUAUACCCAAAAUAAACUGCAACUAGGAGAAACCAGUUCUGCUGCCCUUCCCUUCAUUUAGGCUGCUAGGAUGAGUAACUACUAUUUAACAUGAGGUAAAGAUCGCAGAAUUAGGCCCAAAAUUAGAAGAUGUGGUGGAGGUUUUCAAAACAGUCUAUGGGAAUUGCACACACACCUCUCUUUGAAAUUAACCCCUGGGAUGCUUUGCUUUGAGAGUCUCAACUUCAUGUUUAAUAGCUGUUCCCUGCAGCAAAUCUUCAGACCAAUUCAGUCAUUUCUCUCUCCCUGACCUCUCCCUUUUCUUUUCUAAUUGUGUGAACAAGUCUGGGUGUGUUUGUUUAUUACAUAAAAGAAACUUGACAGAUCACCAGUGCUGUAAGGAAACAAAACAGCACCUGUUUCUACAGAAUCGGAGAUAGAAGUGUUGUCAUCUGCUCCAUAUAUUGCUUUCUUGAAUUAUGUUCUUACAGUUAUUUUUAUCUGGUAAGGUCAUUUGCUAAAACAAGCAGGUAUUUUUAAUCCAGAGUUUGUGCUUACUAAUCCUGCCACUGCUCCCAGUAAACAAAGCCAUAUGAGUUCAUUUAUGAGGAGAUCAAAACAGACUUGGCUUGUUUAAAUGCACAAUAGCAUUUCCCAUUGGAGCACAUGAUCCGACGGCAUUAUGAAACUCCAAGCCUUGUCUUUUUCAGAGUAGUUUUUCCAUUGUUUUAAAAAGCCAGCACAGUAUCAUUAGGUUAACAUGCAUUAGCUCAUCAAGGCUACAAUGGUGGUUGGAAUGCAUUUCCAUUUUACCAGUUUGACAGGUGAACCAAGACCUGCACUCCCAAAACGUAAGCUUGGAUGGAAACUUGCUUUGUAGCUGUCACUCCCCUUUGUCAGAUAGAAGGCACAGGUAACUGCUUGAGUGCAGCGGGACAUUUUGCUACAGUGGUGUUAGUUCCACUGGAUGAGAUACCUGUGCAGGGGCCUUGCUGUUGGGAAUAAAAGUCACCUCUACGGAGAGCACAGACCAUGUUUGAAAACCUGUCAAGAACUAUGAAUUAUUGGUACUGCAGUAGCACUAGGAGCCCCAGCCAUGGAUCGGGGCCCCAUUGUGCUGUAUAGAAACAGAACCCCUGCCUCAGAGCACUGGGCUGGCUCACCUUGGGUACUCCAAAGUAGUAGCACCUACAAUUAGUGGACGCUUGGAAUGUAUGCUGUCAGUCCAGACUCCCUCAGUCAAAUCGGGGUAAGAAGUUACCUAGCAUCACUUUAAGGAGCGUUGUGAGGUUUAGGGUCUAAACUGCUUUGACAGCCUCAAAAAACGCGAUCUGCAUAAAUACAAAGGACUAUGAGAAACCAGCAUGUGUUAACUCCUUGUGCUUAAUCUGUUUUACUUUGUAUUUUGCUGAGGCACUAAGGACCUUUCCCAAGCCUGAAGAACUAAAAAGUUCAAAAGCUUGCCUCUUUCCCCAACAGAAUUUGGUCCAACAUGAGAAAUCAUACUACGGUACCCUUGUUGGGGCCAUUAUUAUUGCUCUGUACCAUUACAUGGGAUUCCUACUGUACUACCCUAAAGGUAUAGAUUAUGGAUUGCUUAAAACUACAGCAGCUUUCAAAAUAAGGAUCUUGUGGGGCUUUAUAGACAUUAAUUAAGCCUCACACACACCUUUGAUACAGGUAAGUGUUAUCACAUUACAGUUGGGGAAACACCCAGGGGUUGUCCCCGGUCACAAAUGGCACAGAAAGAAAGAAACCAAGUCUAUUGCCUUGGUUCUGCCCAUCAGACCACAUUCCCUACCAUCUCUUGGUACUCACAAAGAUUAUAUCUGCUUUAUAUUUCCCACAUUCCUUGUGUUAAAUCUCUUUCAUUUAGUUACGUUAGGUAUAUCCAACAUCACUGGAAUGUCUCAGUGUGUCAGGGAAACAAACAAUUCAAGAUCAAAGGCUAGAGGUGGCCCACUCAGAAAAAAACACCUGUUUUGCUCAGUCCCUCCCACCUCCACUGCAGAAGUUAGCAUAUCAUAAGCCAAAAAAAUUCUGAAAAGUUGAUCAACUUCUUCGGAAAGAGUAGAGCGUCUCCAAUCUUCUUUGGAAAGAGCUGGGGAAUUAGCAGAUUCAAAGGAGCUCAACAUUGGACAAAUGACACAUCUCAUCCCUAGUUUCAGUUGUGAAAGAAACAAGGGAUGAGAUGGGUUUAGAAGAAGGGAGCUACUAUGCCAUCUCCUAAUAGGAUUUUUUGUUUAAUGGCAAGAGAGCUUUUCCCAGCAGUUUUCAUAUCACCCAAUUGAUGGACGUUGUGCUUUACGGACACAAAAUAACGAGGAGGUCCCUGCUUCGUAGAGCUUUCGAUCCAAGUAGCUGGUUGCUGGCCUAUCAAAAGCAGUUACCAUAUACAGGCUAUUUCUAAUGCCAGGCCCCCCCAUAUGCCCUAGUGGGGACAGCCAAAGUCAUGUGAUGGGAUGUCACAACCAUGGCAUCAGUAAUAAGAGCGGUUGAUGAGAUACCAGAGAAAACUGCAAGGAUUGUCUGAAGUCUGUGUCAAGGGAGCUUCCAACAUCUCCUAGUUCCAGCAGGGUUAGCUGUUCACUAGUUCGCCUUCCUCCGAUUUGCCCUGGAUUACAGCCCCACCUUAGUGUAUUCCUCUUUCCCCGACGCCUUGGAGGAGGGAUUCACAGUAGGUUAGGAUGAUAAUUUGCACAGAUUCACCUUUUGCCUCUAGCUUUCUGGCAAUGAAUGGAUCGGUAAGGCUGCUUUUAUUAAAAAAGGCAACAGAUGGCAGAGCCAACACUCAGUCUGUAACAGUGGUCAUUUUUACUUGGGGCAGGUGGGGAAAAAAUGGGAAGAUUUAAGUGCAGCCAAUUGGAUAUUUGAUGUCAUCAUAACCACAUUCAUUGUAAGAUAUACCAGUGACACCAAUUAAAGUCAUGCAA